GCAGUCAGUCGGCCGCUGCGGACCGACGCGAAGGGUGGUGAACACAGGACGGUGGGUGAGGAGGAGCACGGAGCACCAGCGCAGGGUACGCCGACGGAUCAGCUCGCCGCGCCGCACGGGCGAUGGUCAGCGCGCAGCCGCUGCUGAGCUGAGCGACUGCUGGGAACGGAGAUCUGGCCGCGAUGCUGUCGUGGCUGGCAGGGCGUCGCUCGCCGUCGGGCGUGCACCUUCUGACCGAUGACCCACUGGCGGUCAUCGCAGGGCCUGUCGACAAACAGCAGACCGUCUACGCCGUCUCAAGGACGAACCCCAUGUUCGAGGAGGCCUGGCCGGGCGGCGUGCGGCCGGCGGAGGACGAACGGACCGGCUGGCAGCGGUCGGCGGCCGACGGCAGCACCUACUGGCACGAGCCGCCGCCGGACAGCUCGCUCCAGCUGGAGGCGGCCGCGGACGACACCGGCGGCCCGCCCGACUCGCUCGAGCCGCCGCCGCCCGCCUCGCUGAGACGGUUCACCGAGCACGGAGAGCUGCCGGAGGUGCACAGGGGCCCGCGCAUCCACCGCGGUCCGCUGCGGCCCGGCGCGCCCGCCGGCCGGCCGGCUACCCUGCCCCGGCCCGUGUGGCCCUCGGCGGUGGGCGACGCGCCGGUCCCGGAGCCGCCGCGGCGCCUCUCCGUCACCGGGUACAUGACGGUGGCUGAUCAUGUGGGACCCACCUGGCCGGGCCGCCGGGCUCCGCCGCCGGGAGCUGUCGGCAGGUUCCCGCUGGACCGGCGGGCCACCUUUCCGCCGGCGCGGGCCGGGCUGCCCGGCCGGCUGCCGUCCAUUCCGGACGAGGAAGUUGAGCCGCCGACGGACGGUCAGCCGGACUCGAUUGUCACUGAGUCGCUGCUGCGGCUCACUACCCCGCGCACCACGCCGGCCGGCUCGGUCCGAGAUGGCACCAGUGACAGCCGCUCGCCAGCCGGCUCCACGAGGGCAGAGAGCUUCCGCUGGGAGGGCUCCCCGGCCGGUGGGGCGGCCGGUGCUGAUGUGAUGCUGCCGCCCCCGCCGCCGCCGCUGCCACCGCUGGCACCCCCGCCGGGCAGCUUCAACUGGGACCGGACGCUGGAGCCGCUGCUGCAGGUGCUGUGGUCGGGAGAUGAGUCGCCGCCGGUCCUGCGCCGCUUCCAGGAGGUACCCAGCUCGGUCGGAGGUCCGGGAGACCUGGAGGCCGCGCUGCCGUGGCGGAACUCGGCGGCCGGGGAGGGCCCGUUCCCGGCGCCGCCGUCGCGUGCCAGCUCCGAGCUGUCUCAGCUGUACGCCGAGCUGGCGGCGCCGCGGCCCUUCUCGCGGGCGCUCUCCGAGGAGCUGUACGCGUGGCCCGUGUCUCCGCCGGUGGCCGUGGCGCCGCCGCCGCUGGCCCGGCCGCCGACCCGCGCCGAGUCGCCGCCGCCGGCCUACCUGAACCAGCUGCUGCCCUCUGACACGUCGUCGGCAGGCGGCCGGCGGCGCGGCCGGCUCGGCUCGGACGCUUCCUCUCAGCCGAGCCGCUCGGUGCGGCGCACGCCGUCCGACGCAUGCUCGGACGACUCGCGGGACAGCCGGCUGAGUGCCGGCAGCCGCGGCCGCCUGCUGCCCUCGGACAGCUCCGAGGGCGGCAGCGAGCGACGCGUCACCUUCUCGGCCGACACCGUGGAUAACGAGCCGGGCCCGGCGCGGCCGCGGCCCCGGCGUCACGCCGACCGGCCGCCCGCCCGCCGCGCAGUCGGCAGGGGCCGCAACAAGGGCUUCUACGCAUCCAACAUGCUCAGCAGGCUCACCGGACUGAGCCACAGCGCUGGCGGCAAAAAGGAGCUGCAGCUGCGAGGCGUCUCGGUGGAGCUCGGAAGGAAGGCGGAGCUGCGCUCGCGGCACCUGUGCACGGCCGUCACCGCCGUGCUGGUGCUGGUCCUGCUGGCCGCCGCCGGCGUGCUCACCGCCUGGCUGUGGACGACAGAGAGGCGCCUGUUCCGGGUCUGACCGGACCAAAGGACAACACAGCGGCGCUUAGUUCGGACCAAAGGACCACCGAGUUCCGGGUGUGACCGGGCCAAAUGGACCAAUGGACCACUGAGCAGUGCCUGUUCCGGGACUGACCGGACCAGUGGACCACAGAGCGGUGUCUCCUCCGUACCAACGGACCUUCGAGCAGUGCCUGUUCUGGGUCUGACCGGACCAACAGACCAUCACGCGUCGUUUCCGGACCAAGAGAUCGCCGAGCGGCGCCUGUUCCGGGUCUGACCGGACCAGAGGAAGGACGGACAGCGGACAAUCUAGAGUGUCUGAACCAGUGACAUCAUCUGGAUUCAGCGUAUUGGGUCAGGUUUACCGUGUGCUUUGUGCAGUGCCGCUAUUUGGCGAGGAAAGUGAUAGGGGAGGAUGAGAUCUGCCUUCGAUGUGGCGGUGCUUAUCAUAAUGUGGCAUUAAGACACAGAGAUCAUAUCAAUUUAGUCUGUAAUUAUGAGAAUUUGUUAGGGUGUGUGCUUUAAGUUCAUUGAACAGAAGAUGCUUGGCGGUGACACUGUGAGCGGACAAGUGGGCGGGAUUGUUGAACAUUUGUUUGUGAAGCUAUGAAGACAGCUAUGCCUGUGAGACAUUCGUGAGGCUGGAUUUUACGUGGCUCUCAUGCCACAAAAGCUCCAGCGGAUGACAGUGCUCUUUUCACCGUGAGUGUAUGUGACGUGUUCACAGAUGCAUGUGACCUUAUGUAAGGGCAUUGUAUCCAGUCGAUGAUGUGAACCAAGGCAUUCCGACGCAAAACGUUCGAUAUCUAGACAUUCCAUGUUUCAUAUUUAUAUACCGACCCAAUUGAGACGCUCAAAAGUCAGCACCGGACGUGAUUCGGCUAUGCGGAGGCGCGAAUCUGACUGUGAGUUACACCAAAGUAUUGUCUUCCCGCAACAGCUCGUGGUGUUGCAAUUAAAAGCUAGACUCAUUUUUGCUGCUUACAGUGUCUUCCCACAAAAGUGAUGCAAUUUAAUGCUGAAAGUGGACUUUUGUUUGUUUGGACUUUAAAUUUUUCUGUUUGAACUGUGAAUCUCUGUUCCCUGUCAUUGUGCGAGGUGAAAUAUAAUAUCGACACA